CUCCCAUGGCUAAGUAAACACAACCCCGUCAUUGACUGGACGACCCUCUCCAUCCAAUUCGCUCCCUCCCUACGAGCGAUGACCUUCCAACCCGCCAGGCAAGGGGGUACAACGAUCAUCGAGGAGCUGCCGCGAGACGAACCCGACGCAAUAGGAGAAGCACCGGACGAUCCACGGGUGAUACUCGAAGACACUAGAGAGGAGACGCCUGUAGAGAAUAUCAGUACGACGCCCGCCUGGGAUCAAGCCACAAAACCCCCGGAACCAACUAAAGAGAAAAACUCCAAGCAAAGAAAACGA